GCAGAAGUGCUAUAUCGUAUCGCGAAGUGCUGUACGGAGUAUUUACUUUGCAUCGCGAACUGAAAUAGUGGCCUAUUUGUUCUGACUCUAGCCAGUUAGCCAGUGGCCACGGAGACUAAUUAGCCCAAGGAGAUUUUUGUCCUGUCACCUUGCUUGUACCCCAGCCGUCUAUUUUCCAGGUUUCUUUCCAUUAGUUCCUUUGUAGCUCAUUGCCGUUCAAUUUUCGGCUCAAUGCUAACACAGCUUAUUUUUAGCCGCGGGUGUUUCUCCAAAACCCCCUCCCUCCCUUAGAAAUGGCAGAAACACAGCUCAUAUUUGUCUCUCUUUCUUGUCCCGCUUUCUUUCUAAUUUCAUGAAUAUAAAACCAUUUAACUGAUCUCUUCUUCUGCUCAUUCUCUUUCUCUUCCUUCCCCCUCGACCCUGACGUUUUUUGAAGGGCAUCUUCCAAAGGCAUAACACCGCCUCUGGAACUAACAACACGUCAAUAGCUCAACGUUCGUUUCGAGUUACUGCUUUCUUUCUUGCAUUGUCAUCCUUCGAGAUCCCACAAUAGUUAUAGUCUUCCUUCUUUUCGUACAUAAUAAAGGAAAUCAGAUCACAGCGCAAAAAUGAGCUCUGCAGCCCAAGAAAUCACCGUCACCUACAAGGACCGGGUAGCCAUCAUCACCCUCAACCGGCCUAAGAAGCUCAAUGCUCUGGGUGGUGACCACUACUGGGAACUGGGUCAGAAGAUGCGCGAGAUCGCCCAGCGCGAUGACAUCUUCAUCACUGUCCUGACGGGAACAGGUCGCUUCUUUUCUGCUGGUGCCGAUGUUCAGAAGACCCGUCCUGCUUCUGGCGAUGCUGACGCCCGCCGUGAAGUCCUGCGCGGCUUCGUUGCCGGCAACCUGGACCUGACAAACACUUUCUCCAACCACCCCAAGAUUCUCGUCGUAGCCCUCAACGGCCCAGCAGUCGGUCUCUCCGCCGCUCUCACUGCCUUCGGGGAUUUCAUCUACGCCGCUCCACACACAUUCCUCCUCACGCCCUUCACAUCCCUCGGUCUCGUGGCUGAGGGUGGUGCCAGCCACGCCUUGGUUGAACGCCUGGGUAUCUCCAAGGCCAACGAGGCGUUGAUCAUGAGCAAGCGAAUCCCCAUUGAGGAUCUGGUUUCGACUGGGUAUGUGAACAAGGUGUUCACUGCCCCCGGUGGAAAGGAGGAUGCGGCUGGGUUUUUGAAACUGGUAUUGGAGGAGGUUGAGGAGAGGCUUGGGACACAUCUUAAUCAGGACAGCAUGGUUAAGGUUAAGGAGCUGAUUAGACGGCCAGGGAGGCGGGUGUUGGAUCGCCAGAAUGUUUUGGAGGUGUUUAUGGGGAUGGAUAGGUUUAUGGCUGGCAUUCCACAGCAGGAGUUUAUGAAGAUUGCGACUGGGCAGAAGAAGCAUAAGUUGUAAUUGGCUCAAGGUGCAUGUAUGUACAUGUACUUUUGGGGUGAUGUGUGUACAAUUGGAAGGUUGGUUGGGAUAGAAACUUUUCUCUUCUUUGCCCAGGUCACUUUCUGCUCCUUGGUUUUUGAUUGCGUUCUCUCUUGAUUAUGUCCUUUUUUGUCUCUUUUUCCAUUUUUUUUCUAGAUAGGUGUUUCUAAGUGUUUUCUCCGGAUGACGAGACAGUGCGGAAUGGGAUAUUGUGUCCACAAUCUCAAAUUUAGAUGAUAGAUAGAUCUAUGAGGGCUAGGAUGGAAAUUCUAGAAUUAGAAUACCCAGCACCAAUGUACUGUAUAUGAAUUUUGGGAAGAUGUUGUCAUCCCGUUGCGGGACUUCAUCAUUGCGUGGGGAUGAUGCAGGGACGAUAAGCCAUGUGCAAGGGGCAUUCAAGCCUGUGGACAAAGAAACUCAUUACAACACCCCACAGCUAAAAUACCAGCAAGGAAGAAGUAGUUAGUUCCAUGGUAGACAAAACAAAGUGCAUGAAAUAUAAAUAACAAUUCCACCCAUUCUCUGAACAAUGUUAACUGUCUUUAC